AUGGCUCCAUUCAGUGGCGACGAAACUGCUCCCUUCUUCGGCUUCCUCGGCGCCGCGGCGGCUCUAGUUUUCUCCUGUAUGGGAGCAGCUUACGGUACAGCGAAGAGUGGCGUUGGAGUUGCAUCGAUGGGAGUGAUGAGACCUGAACUUGUUAUGAAAUCGAUCGUUCCGGUUGUUAUGGCUGGAGUGUUAGGUAUCUACGGUUUGAUUAUCGCGGUUAUCAUCAGUACUGGAAUUAAUCCUAAGGCGAAAUCUUAUUAUCUGUUUGAUGGUUACGCGCAUCUCUCUUCUGGUCUUGCUUGUGGUCUUGCCGGUCUUUCUGCUGGUAUGGCCAUCGGCAUCGUCGGUGAUGCCGGUGUUAGAGCAAAUGCUCAACAGCCAAAGCUUUUCGUUGGAAUGAUUCUUAUCCUCAUUUUCGCUGAGGCACUGGCAUUGUACGGACUUAUUGUUGGCAUCAUCCUCUCUUCCCGUGCUGGCCAAUCCAGGGCCGAGUAA